GACUCGUACCCCUUGGCUGGCCUCCUGGCUAGAGGAGCCGUUUGGACCAUGGAUGGGGAACAGCUUCAAGGGGCACAUUGACUUUGGUCUGGCUUCGCCGCGACUUUUGGUGGAAGGCAGGGUGCAGCUCCUGGGCGUGGCAGACCACGACCUGGUUACCUACCAGCUUCGUGCCUACCUGGAGGAGGACACACGGAGGUGGCAGCCGCAGCGCCGACUGGUGGCGAAGGAGCCGGCCGACUGGGAGGCGGGCUGGGCUGACUUUGCGGCUGGCUUUGACGAGGCUGUGGAGCCCCUCGACCUGGACAGAGCGUGGCAGCUGCUGUCCCAGGCCGCGGAGAACGCUAUGGCGGAGGAACACGCUCGGCCUGCUCGACCCCGGGCUUUGCCGGGCCGACCGGUCAUACAGGAGCGGCGCCAGACCCGCGCCAAGGAGCUCCAAACGCUGCUCGAGCGGCGGCUCCGGAGAGUUGCCCGGAGGGCGUCGGAGGCAGCCAGGAAUGGCGAUGCCAAGCUCCGAGCGAAGCUGGAUCGCGACCUUGAUGAGCUGGAGACUUGCCGCGGGCUGACGGCUUUGACCACGUGGUGGAAGCACGACAUCCAGGACGACGUCGGGGCCAUGGCAAGGUGGAUCACGGCUCAGGUCACCAACGAGGUGUGCAAGGCGGCCGGCUUUGGCACGGAGCGCCUGCGUGGCUUCUUGGACAGUUUGGGGCCCGCUUCUCCGGCUGCGGUGCGCGAAGUCCACUUCGAUGGCCACCUCUUGAGGCGGCGGGCGCGCAGGGCAAAGCGCAAGGCGGGGGGACUUGAUGGCUGGACGGGCGAGCUGGUUGCGGCGCUUCCUCUGGACUUCUUCGACAAGCUGGCGAGGCUGUGGACCGCCGUCGUCAAGGGGGGCAAGGCGGCACUUGCAGUGCUGCGAUGGUGGGGCGCUCCGGAGUGGCUGGCUUCGGUCCUAGAGGACUUCUACGCUGGGCAAGAGAGGUGGGUGGCGGUUGCGGGCGUCUUUGCUUCUUCGCCGGUGGGGGCGGGGGCCUCCUUGCUACAGGGCUGUCCCUUCUCACCGCUCCUCCUGAACGCCAUGAUGGGCGUUUGGAGCAGGUACGUCCAAACCCAAGUGGACAACCUCGGCGUGGGCAUCUAUCUUGAUGACAGGUCCUUGUGGACUCGAGGACGGGGCGCAGUGCAGCGGUUGGAGGCCGCGGCCCGGGCUGGCGCGUGGGCAGACUCGAUGCUUGGCUUCGAACUCCACCCCAACAAGUUGGAGUCCUUCGCUUGCAAUGGGGAGCAGCGCGAGGCACUGAUGGAGUAUGCGGACGUCAUCGGCAUUCCCCAGUGCUGCUUGGCAUCCCGUACCGGCUCGCGGGGCACCAGGCUUUCGACGCCAAGGACGUGA